AUGGGGCUGCCACUAGCCCGCCUAGUGGCCCUCUGCCUGGCCCUGACCUUGGCCAGGGGCGAGGAGCUGCAGAAAGGGCAGACGCGCAACCACGUCCACAACGUCUGUAGCACCUGGGGCGACUUCCACUACAAGACCUUCGAUGGUGACGUCUUCCGCUUCCCCGGCCUCUGCGACUACAACUUCGCCUCGGACUGCCGUGACACCUACAAGGAGUUUGCUGUGCACCUGAAGCGGGGCCCAGGCCGCAAGGGUGGCCACCCCCAGGUCGAGUACAUCCUGUUGACCGUCAAGGACGACACGGUCUACCUCACCCCCGAGCUGGCUGUGCUGAAUGGGGCUAAGGUCAGCACCCCGCAUUACAGCCCCGGGCUGCUCAUCGAGAGGAACGACGCCUACACCAAGGUCUACUCCCGUGCCGGCCUCACCCUCAUGUGGGACCGGGAGGACUCGCUCAUGCUGGAGCUGGACAGUAAAUUCCAGAACCACACGUGCGGGCUCUGUGGGGACUACAACGGCCUGCAGAGCUACUCCGAGUUCCUGUCUGAUGGCAUGCUCUUCAGUGCUGUCCAGUUCGGGAACAUGCAGAAGAUCAACAAGCCCGAGGUGGUGUGCGAUGACCCCGAGGAGGGGCAGACCCCUGAGUCCUGCUCUGAGCACCGCGCCGAGUGCGAGAAGCUGCUGACAGCCGCGGCCUUCAAGGACUGCCUGGGCCUGGUGCCGCUGGAGUCGUACGUACGGGCCUGUGUGCAGGACCGCUGCCAGUGCCCCUCGGGCGCCUCCUGCAUCUGCAGCACCCUGGCCGAGUUCUCCCGCCAGUGCUCGCAUGCUGGCGGGCGCCCCGGGAACUGGAGGACUGGCACUCUCUGUCCCAAGAGCUGCCCCGGGAACAUGGUUUACCUGGAUGAGCUGGCUCGCCCCUGCAUGGACACCUGGUCACACCUUGGAGGUCAGCAAUCUUGUUUGAAGGAGCACCGCCUGGACGGCUGUUUCUGCCCUGAAGGCACCGUGUACGAUGACAUUGCGGGCGGCGGCUGCAUCCCCGUGAGCCAGUGCCACUGCAAGCUGCAGGGACAGAAGUACGCGCCCGGCCAGAAGAUCACCAAGGACUGCGAGCAGUGCGUGUGCAAUGCCGGCCGCUGGGUGUGCAAAGACCGGCCGUGCCCCGGGUCCUGUGCCCUGGAGGGCGGCUCCCACAUCACCACCUUUGACGGGAAGAGGUACACCUUCCACGGGGACUGCUACUACAUGCUGACCAAGGUAGCCAACUAUGCCGAGCAUUGGUGCUCCCUGCUGAGGAAGACGGAGUCCCCCUUCGGCAGGUGUCACUCGGUUGUGGACCCGGCUGAGUACUACAAGAGGUGCAAGUACGACACGUGCAACUGCCAGAACAACGAGGAGUGUCUGUGCGCCGCCCUGUCCUCCUACGCCCGUGCCUGUGCCGCCAAGGGCGUCACGCUGCGGGGCUGGCGGGAGAACGUCUGCAACAAGGACGUGGGCUCCUGCCCCAACUCGCAGAUCUUCCUGUACAACCUGACCACCUGCCAGCAGACCUGCCGCUCGCUGUCCGAGGCCGACGCCCACUGCCUCCAGGGCUUCGCGCCCGUGGACGGCUGCGGCUGCCCCGACCGCACCUUCCUGGACGAGAAGGGCCGCUGUGUGCCCCUGGCUAAGUGCUCCUGCUACCACCGAGGCCUCUACCUGGAGGCGGGGGAGGUGGUCUUGAGGCAGGAGGAGCGGUGCGUGUGCCGCAACGGGAGGCUGCACUGCAAUCCAGUCAAACUGAUUGGCGAGGCCUGCAAAGCCCCAAAGAUCCACAUUGACUGCAACAACCAGACCGCGCUGACCAUCCGGAACCCCCGCCCCCUCAGCUGCCAGACGCUGGCUGCAGGACACUACCAGACAGAGUGUGUGAGCGGCUGCGUGUGCCCCGAGGGGCUGAUCGACGACGGCCGAGGCGGCUGCGUUGUGGAGGAGGACUGCCCCUGUGUGCACAACAAGGGCUUCUUCUCCCGCGGGGACAAGAUCAAGGUGGACUGCAACACCUGCACCUGCCAGAGAGGACGCUGGGCGUGCACCCAGUCUGUGUGCCACGGCACCUGUGUCAUCCAUGGGAGCGGCCACUACAUCACCUUUGAUGGGAAGUACUACAACUUUGAUGGAAACUGCUCCUACGUAGCCGUUCAGGACUACUGCGGCCAGAACUCCUCGCUGGGCUCCUUCAGCAUCAUCACCGAAAAUGUCCCGUGUGGCACCACGGGCGUCACCUGCUCCAAGGCCAUCAAGAUCUUCAUCGGGAGGACAGAGCUGAAGCUGGAGGACAAACACCGCGUGGUGAUCCAGCGCGACGUGGGCCACCAUGUGGCCUACACCACACGGGAGGUGGGCCAGUACCUGGUGGUGGAGGCCAGCAUCGGCAUCAUCGUCAUCUGGGACAAAAGGACCACCAUCUUCAUCAAGCUGGCCCCCUCCUACAAGGGCACUGUGUGCGGCCUGUGUGGGAACUUCGACCAGCGCUCCAAGAAUGACUUCACCACGCGGGACCACAUGGUGGUGGAGAGCGAGCUGGACUUUGGGAACAGCUGGAAGGAGGCCCCCACCUGCCAGGACGUGAGCGCCACCCCCGAGCCGUGCACCCUGAAGCCACACCGCCGCUCCUGGGCCGAGAAGCAGUGCAGCAUCAUCAAGAGCCCGGUCUUCAGCGCCUGCCACAGCAAGGUGGACCCCACGCCCUUCUACGAGGCCUGUGUCUAUGACUCGUGCUCCUGCGACUCGGGCGGCGACUGUGAGUGCUUCUGCUCCGCCGUGGCCGCCUACGCCCAGGAAUGCACCAAGGAGGGGGCCUGCGUGUUCUGGAGGACGCCGGACCUGUGCCCCAUAUUCUGCGACUACUACAACCCCCCGCACGAGUGUGAGUGGCACUACGAGCCUUGUGGGCACCCCAGCUUGGAGACCUGCAGGACCAUCAAUGGCAUCCACUCCAGCAUCUCCAUGUCCUACCUUGAGGGCUGCUACCCCCGGUGCCCUAAGCACAGGCCCAUCUAUGACGAGGACCUGAAGAAGUGCGUCACAAGAGACAAAUGUGGCUGCUAUAUCGAGGACACCCGCUACCCACCUGGAGCGUCCGUUCCCACGGAUGACAUCUGCCAGUCUUGCAUGUGCACCAAGUCCUCGAAGGUCAUCUGCCAGCCCAAGGAAGGAAAGAUUCUCAACUACACCCAGGAUGGCUUCUUCUGCUACUGGGAGCUAUGUGGCCCCAACGGGACGGUGGUGCACUUCAACAUUUGUCACACUACCCAGGCACCCUCAACCUCCGCCAGCCUGAGCAGCACGACCCCUGUCCCCUCCACCACCGCCACCACCACCACCAGCACCACCACCACAACCACUGCAACCACCACCCCUGCCACAACCCCCACACCAGGGCCACCAACCCCGACUCCCAGCCCCACUACCACUGAGAACACAAUCCCAAACACAACCACAGCAACAACCACCCGCCCCACCAUGACCCCCACCCCAGAUAGCCCAACCGGGACCACCACCACUACAACCACUGUGACCACAACACACACAACGAACCCGACCACGGGGACCACCACCAUGACACCCAGCACUUCCACCACCCCCUCUACCACCUCCACAGAGACCUCCACCCCUGGGUCCACCACUACACCUACCACGUCCACGACCGUUUCCCCUACUACGUGUGACUGCAACUGGACUGGCUGGCUGGAUUCUGGGAAACCAACCUUUAGCAAAACAGGUGGAGAAGUUGAACCCAUUGGACACGUCUGUGGAUCAGGCCGGGUAGCCGACAUCUCCUGCAGAGCCACUAAGUUUCCAAACGCUCCCAUCGAACAGCUUGGACAAAGGGUAGUGUGCAACACUUCAGUUGGACUGGUGUGCAAAAACCAAGACCAGAAGACCAUCUUCAAGCAUUACUGCCUCAACUAUGAGAUCAACGUCUACUGCUGUUCGUGUGCCUCGACGCCUACCCCCACCACCACAGAGACCUCAACCCCGACCCCCACCAUGACCACCACCACCACAGAGACCUCCACCCCUACUCCCACCAGUACGCCUACCACGUCCACGACCGUUUCCCCUACUACGUGUGUGCCUGUCUGCGAAUGGACUGGCUGGCUGGAUUCUGGUAAACCAACCUUUAGCAAAACAGGUGGAGAAGUUGAACCCAUUGGAGACGUCUGUGGAUCAGGCCGGGUAGCCGACAUCUCCUGCAGAGCCACUAAGUUUCCAAACGCUCCCAUCGAACAGCUUGGACAAAGGGUAGUGUGCAACACUUCAGUUGGACUGGUGUGCAAAAACCAAGACCAGAAGACCAUCUUCAAGCAUUACUGCCUCAACUAUGAGAUCAACGUCUACUGCUGUUCGUGUGCCUCGACGCCUACCCCCACCACCACAGAGACCUCAACCCCGACCCCCACCAUGACCACCACCACCACAGAGACCUCCACCCCUACUCCCACCAGUACGCCUACCACGUCCACGACCGUUUCCCCUACUACGUGUGUGCCUGUCUGCGAAUGGACUGGCUGGCUGGAUUCUGGUAAACCAACCUUUAGCAAAACAGGUGGAGAAGUUGAACCCAUUGGACACGUCUGUGGAUCAGGCUGGGUAGCCGACAUCUCCUGCAGAGCCACUAAGUUUCCAAACGCUCCCAUCGAACAGCUUGGACAAAGGGUAGUGUGCAACACUUCAGUUGGACUGGUGUGCAAAAACCAAGACCAGAAGACCAUCUUCAAGCAUUACUGCCUCAACUAUGAGAUCAACGUCUACUGCUGUUCGUGUGCCCCCAUGCCUACCCCCACCACCACAGAGACCACAACCUCGACCCCGACCAUCACCACCACCACCACAGACACCACAACCCCGACCCCCACCAUCACCACCACCACCACAGACACCACAACCCCAACCCCCACCGUCACCACCACCACCAGCACCACCACAGACACCACAACUCCGACCCCUACCAUCACCACCACCACCCCCACCACCACAGAGACCACAACCCCGACCCCCACCAUCACCACCAUCACCAGCACAGAUACCUCAACCUCGACCCCCACAAUCACCAACACCAUGACCACAGAGACCACAACGCCCACCAUGACCACCACCAAGAUCCCUACACCAACCCACACCCUCACCACAACCUCCACAGAGACCUCCACCCCGACUCCUAUCAGCACAGAAAUCACUAGCACCACUGCUACUACCACCACUGAGACCCCUACCCCGACCUCGACCGCACCACAAACCACCAGCACCUCCACCACUAGCGUGCCCACUCCUACCCCGACCUCACUCAGCACCACAAGCACCAUCGUCACCUCCAGCUUGACCACCCCCAUCAAGUGUUUUCUGAACAACACGGCAUUUCGCCCAGGCGAGGUGGUGUACAACGGCACGUACGGGGACACCUGCUACUUCGUGAACUGCUCGCUGGAUGGCUCCUUGCAGAUCCUCAACUGGUCCUGCCCGUCCACCUCCUCCCCAACGCCCAGCACACCCACGCCAACGCCAUCCACAAUGUCAAGCAUGCCAACCACCACCAGCAUCAGCACCACCACCAGGGGGUGCCCCGACUUUGACCCUCCCAGAGAGGAGAACGAGACGUGGUGGCUCUGCAACUGCACCAUGGCCACUUGCAAGCACGACAACACGGUGGAGAUCGUGCAGGUGGAGUGCAAGCCCCCGCCCAUGCCCACCUGCUCCAACAACCUCACGCCCGUGCGCGUCCCGGACCCCGACGGCUGCUGCUGGCACUGGGAGUGCGACUGCUACUGCACGGGCUGGGGGGACCCGCACUACACCACCUUCGACGGGCUCUACUACAGCUACCAGGGCAACUGCACGUACGUGCUGGUGGAGGAGGUCAACCCCACCGUGGACAACUUCGGGGUCUACAUCGACAACUACCACUGCGAUGUCACCGACCGAGUGUCCUGCCCCCGCACACUCAUCGUGCGCCACGAGAGCCAGGAGGUGCAGCUCAGGACGGUGCAGAUGCUGCCCCUGAAGGUGCAGGUGCAGGUCAACGAGCAGUCCGUGGCGCUGCCCUACAAGAAGUACGGGCUGCAGGUGUACAAGUCGGGCUUCAAGUACGUGGUGGACAUCCCCGAGCUGGACGCCCUCAUCUCCUACGACGGCCUCUCCUUCUCCAUCAGGCUGCCUUACCGCCUGUUUGGCAACAACACCAAGGGCCAGUGUGGCACGUGCACCAACACCACCUCGGAUGACUGCGUGCUGCCCAGUGGGGAGGUCAUCUCCAACUGCGAGGUCGCAGCUGACCAGUGGGUGGUGGACGACCCCUCCAAGCCGCACUGUCCCCACUCCAGCUUCACCAGCCCACGCCCGUCCACCACGGCAGCCAGCAGCCGCACCCCCACACCCGAGGACUGUGAUCCUUCCCUCUGCGAGCUCAUCAAGGACAGCUUGUUCACCGAGUGCCACGCCCUGGUGCCCCCCCAGCAGUACUAUGACGCCUGCGUGUUCGACAGCUGCUUCGUGCCCAACUCAGGCCUGGAGUGCGCCAGCCUGCAGACAUAUGCGGCCCUCUGUGCCCACGAGGGCGUCUGCAUCGACUGGCGGAACCACACCCAGGGGGCCUGCCCGGUGACUUGCCCGUCUCACAGGGAGUACCGGGCCUGCGGUCCUGCCGAGGAGCCCACCUGCGGGUCCAGCUCCUCGCCGCGGAAGGACACAGGCCUGGUGGAAGGCUGCUUCUGCCCUGAGGGCACCACCAGCUACGCCCCCGGCUUUGAUGUCUGCGUGGAGUUCUGCGGCUGUGUGGGACCUGAUGACGUGCCCAGAAAGUUUGGGGAGCGCUUUGAGUUCGACUGUAAGGACUGCGUCUGCCUGGAGGGUGGAAGAGGCAUCAUCUGCCAGCCCAGGAAGUGCAGCCAGAAGCCCCUGCCUGAGUGCAAGGAGGACGGCACCUACCUGGUCACGGAGGUCAACCCCGAUGACACCUGCUGCACCAUCACCUCCUGCAAGUGCAAUGCCAGCCUGUGCAGGGAGAAGCCCCCUGAGUGUUCCCUGGGAUUCGAGCUGAAGAGCGAGAUGUUGCCCGGAAGGUGCUGCCCCCUCUACUCGUGUGUGCCCAAGAAUGUGUGUGUUGUUGGGAAUGCUGAGUACCAGCCUGGCUCUCCAGUCUACUCCUCCAAGUGCCAGGACUGCGUGUGCACCGGCAGCAGGAACAGCACCACGCAGCUCAACGUCAUCUCCUGCACCCACGUGCCCUGCAGCACGUCCUGCAGCCCCGGCUACGGGCUCGUGGAGGCCCCUGGGGAGUGCUGCAUGAAGUGUGAGCAGACCCACUGCAUCAUCAACCAGCCCAGCGGGCAGUACAUCCUGAAGCCCGGGGACAGAAAGAGGGACCCCACCAACAACUGCACCUUCUUCAGCUGCAUGAAAACCAACAACCAGUUCAUCUCGUCCAUCUCCAACAUCACCUGCCCCGAAUUUGACGCCAGCGCCUGCCUCCCGGGCUCCAUCACGCUCAUGCCCAACGGCUGCUGCAGGAAGUGCAUCCUUCGCAAUGAGACCAGGAUCCCCUGCUCCACCAUCCCCGUUACCAAGGAAAUUUCACAUGCCGGCUGCAGCAAGUUGGUGACCAUGAACUACUGCUCCGGGUCAUGCGGGACCUUCGCCAUGUACUCUGCCGAGGCCCAGGCCCUGGACCACAGGUGCACCUGCUGCAAGGAGGGGCGCACGAGCCAGCGGAAGGUGGUGCUGGACUGUCCCCGCGGCGGCUCGCUGGACUACACCUACACGCACAUCGAGAGCUGCCUGUGCCAGGACACCAUGUGCGAGCUCCUGCCGCCCCAGGGCAGCACCCCCAGCCGUGUGCGGCGCUCUGGCCUCACGGCCCCGCCUCCGUGGAGGAGGUGAGCAGGGCAGGCGCGGCCACCCAGGCCCCACCCUCCACCAUCCUCCUCAUCGCCCUGCUGACCCUCUGAGCUUUCUCACCUCCUAAGCUGGUUUCCUCACUGGGAAUACUUAUUUUCCGAGCCUUUGUUCAAUUCUUUGCUUUCCAAAUAAACUUUGGCAAAGACGCC